AUGUUUCACAGGUUGCGAAGUGGUAUUGAAAGAUUAACUUGCUUACCAGUUUGGUCUAAUACUUAUAAAAGGCCAGUGAAUACUCGACCAAUAGUUGAGUCAGUGAAAAGCGUAAGUAUGGCCACGGUUACUGAAGAAUCUGAUCAGCAAGUUAGGAAGCUUAAAUUAACCGGACAAGAUGGAAAUGGCUUCUUGGACAUGGUAAAAGAGAAACUUUCGUUUCUCAAUACAAAAGUGUACUUGAGACAAGGAGAAGUGGAAAUACUUGAUCAUCCCGUUCAGUUUUAUUCAACUUUAAAGAAUAAAAUCUCUGCUGCUCAAAACAGAGUGUUUAUGGCAUCUUUGUACUUGGGUAAAACUGAAAAUGAUCUUAUCAACUGUAUUUCAGAUUCGCUAAAGAAGAAUAAAGAUUUGAAGGUAUACUUUAUGGUAGAUGGAUUAAGAGGUACCAGAGAGACUCCGAACAAAUGCUCAGCUUCCUUGUUGGCUGAAUUAGAGAAAGAAUUCGGAGAGAGAGUAGAAAUUAGGCUGUAUAGAACACCAGAAUUCGUUGGCUGGAAGACUUUGAUCCCAAAGCGUUUCAACGAGGGCUUGGGUUUGCAACAUAUGAAAAUAUACGGUGUGGACGAAGAAGUGAUAUUAAGUGGGGCAAACCUAUCCAAUGAUUAUUUCACUAAUAGACAAGAUAGGUAUUAUGUUUUCAAAAAUAAAUUCCUUUCGGACUAUUAUUUCAAGGUUCAUCAAUUAGUGAGUAAAAUCAGUUACAGGGUUCGUCAUGCUAAUAACGAACAGAAAUAUCACCUUGAAUGGCCAGAAUCAAAUGUAGCGGUUGAACCUUUGAAAGAUAAACAUAAAUUUAUUGAAAAAUGUUCGUCUAUUUUCACUGAUUUUUUAAGAGGACCAUCAUCUAUGGGUAACGCACAUCUGAUCAAAGAUUUUUCUCAAUAUCCUACCAUUGUCUAUCCAGUUUCACAAUUUACUCCACUAUUCCAACCACAUCAUGAUGUGUCAACAGAAAAACCGGGUGUCCUUUCCAUCCUUUCUUGUCUUUCAAACCCCAUGAGUAGAUGGACGUUUACCGCUGGAUAUUUCAAUAUGCUCCCUGAAAUAAAACAGCGUUUAUUAGAUUCUCCUUCGAUUCAAGGACAAGUAAUAACAGCUUCUCCAUAUGCCAAUGGAUUCUUCCAAUCUCCAGGUGUCUCAGGUCAUCUACCGGAUGCAUACCUAUACCUUUCCCAAGGAUUCUUGAAAGAUGUUCAUCGUCACGGAAAAGAAAACCACAUCAAGUUAAGAGAAUGGAAACAUGGUAUUGUAAAUCAAGCAAACGGAUGGUCAUACCAUGCAAAAGGUUUGUGGUUAUCAGAGCCAGGUAAUGAUAAAAGGCCAUGUUUGACUAUUGUAGGAUCUUCCAAUUAUACUAGAAGAGCAUAUUCUCUGGAUAUUGAAACAAACGCCAUAGUUUUAACUAAAGAUGAGCAAUUAAAAACUGCAAUGCAGAACGAAAUAGAUAACCUCUUGAAGAAUACCAAAGAAGUGACAUUAGGUUCCUUCGAAGAAGAUCCCGAUAGACAUAUAAGUACCGGGGUUAAACUAGCAACGAAGAUUCUGGGAAACAGACUAUGA